UCUCCCUAACUAAACAAAUGGCUGACAUUAUUGCCGCACAUUUACUUACUGGUUAUGUAACAGAUUACACUUUGUACAUUUAUUACCUAAACAUAAUAUACGGUAUUCUUUUCUUUCCUAUUCAGGCAAUAGAAAGAAGAAGAACAAUGCUCAGAGAAAGAGCAAGACAAAAGGAAGCAGAAAAGGACUUACUGGAUCUGGAGGAAGAAGCCAAGUCAGACGAGGAAGAAGAGGAAGAGGAGUCAUCUGAGUAUGAAGAGUACACUGAUUCUGAAGAAGAAGCCAAUCCAAGAUUGAAACCAGUGUUUGUACGAAAGAGUGAUCGAGUCACUGUUCAGGAACGUGAGAAGAUGGAACUUGAUCUUGAACGUAAAGAAGAAGAGAAAAAGAAGAUCCAUGAGGAAAGGACAAAAACAUCACGCAAGCUUGUUGAAGAUCUUCUAAGAAAAGAAUUACAGGAGGAACAAGAAGUGGACAAUGAGGAAGAUGUCAUCAUAACAGAUGAUGAAGAUGACGAGGAAGAGUAUGAAGCUUGGAAAGUUCGUGAACUAAAACGUAUCAAGAGAGACAGAGAGGAAAGAGAGCAAUUGGAGAGAGAACGCCAAGAUGUGGAACGUCUUCGCAACCUGACCGAGGAGGAAUGUAGAAUGGAAGUGAAAAGCAACCCAAAACAGAUCACCAACAAGGCAGCCAAGGGAAAAUACAGAUUCUUACAAAAAUACUAUCACCGUGGUGCUUUCUUCCUGGAUAAAGAGGAUGGUGUGUACACACGGGACUUUGCUAAACCCACUCUGGAGGAUCACUUUGAUAAAACGAUUAUUCCUAAAGUAAUGCAGGUCAAGAACUUUGGUCGAUCAGGUAGAACGAAAUACACUCAUUUGGUUGAUCAAGAUACAACACAGAUGGAUUCGCCCUGGACGAUGGAUAACACGCUAGCCAUGAAAUUCCAUACCGUCCGUGCCGGUGGCAGUAAGCAAACGUUCCAAAGACCAACCAAGCGGAGAAAGUAACUUGUGUGGCUUUCUCGUCACGUUAGUCUGCUGUGGCGAUGUCAUCGUCGCUACAAAUGAACUGUUGGAGAAGUUGACGGCGCUAAUCACACGAAGUGGGAAAGAUGGACCAGAAAAGCUUUUUGUGAGGUGCCUGUAGAUGACACCUACGGCGGUUUUUACGGCAGUCAGUCGAUAGACUAUAAACUGUCAUUUCUUUGCUGGUUGCUUGUAUGCGUGGUCAUUGAGCAACGAAAAAAAGUGUUGUCUUUACAUAAACGUUCUUCAACUCUUAGAUCCUAGUCUGGAAAUGUUUAACGCUUAUUAUUGUUACUGACUGCAAACAUCAUUUUAAGUAUUAGCUCAGCUCUCAAACAACCAUGUCGCCUUAACAAUCUGUUAUCAAAAUGUCCCAAUUUCUCUAAGAAAAGCAUGGAAGCUUACAAGGAGAAUGUUAUUACCAUGCGCUGGAACUUUCAUUGUGCUCACCAUCUUACGUCAUAGUGUCAUACGGCACCUUCAUUUGUUUAGGACGUCGAGAUAUUUCUUGUUUGGAUCAUUUCUAUCGCAACACUGGAAAUUGAACUGUUUGGUUCUUCUUAGUUUUUGUACAUAGUAUAAGAAAUAAAAAGUCUUAAUCCCCUAAAAUCACCGAACCCGUGCCGGCGAAACCACAAAAGAACGCGUGACAUACUAUUGGCUAUCGUGUGCUAACUCGCGGCCGCAUGUUUAUUGAGUCAGGCUAAUACUGAAACUACAAAGGUGCAUACGGCAAUAACCGCGUACAAUAAAACAGAACCUGCAGAGACCCAACGAGCAUCCAUAGGAUGAAAAAAGAAACCACCGCGCUCGUUUCAGCGAAAACUGAGGAAAAACCCCGGUCCUAGGGAUAGAACUCUCCCGACCUGCCGAACACGGACUUGGAAAAACUUCUGGUUCCACCUUGGAAGCUAUUUUUGAGGCCAAGUCCGUCUGCGCUUUUAAGGAAAUUGCUGUCUAGCCCGUUCUAGACCUGAGGCUAGAAAUUUCAGCGUUAUAUAUUCGUUACCGUCGUCAGUCAGAAUUGCGCAUUUUUCAGCCGAAAUUUAGGGGUAUUCGGACAGGAUUCCAAACAGUUAGCAACCCAAAAGGUAACGGUUGGAAAUUUGAAAACUUUAAAAACGCGUAAAAAUUCAUGAUUCGUAACUACCUGAUAUGCUGGAAUUUCAUUAGGACCAAAAAAUCAUACCAACAUGGAAGCGAAUGGAUUGCUUUUUCCCUGUG